AUGUUCGAGGCGCCCCAAAACUCCCCCCACCUCGGCGGCGGCGGAAACCACCUGUCCGGCGGAAAUCACCUUAUCGGCGGAAGCCGCCUGAGCGUGGAGCAGGCGCUGCUGCUCAACAUGUCGCGCACGGAGGCGGAGAUGCGCAAAGUCGUCAUGGAGCGCGACGUGCUCCGGGAGGAGGUCGCGCGCAACCAGGCGGCCAUGCGCCAGCUCUCCGCGGACAAGUCCGCGCUAGAGGAGCGCGUGCGCGCACUGGAGAGCACCGUGCGCGGGCUCGAAACCCGCGCGCGCCAGCUCGCGGGGGACAAGGGGCAGCUCUCCUCCGAGCGCGCGCAACUUUCCGCGGAGCGCGCGGGGAUCGAGUCGCUCGUCCGCGCCGCGAAGCAGGAGGCGUUCUCGCAGGCAGUGAGUCAGAUCCACGUGGCGCUCAGCUGCGCGCCGAUUCCGCGCGGAAUCCGCUUCGCGCCCGUCGACGCGGAGGUUUUCCAGUACCUUUCGCGGAAGGUUCGCGGCGAGGUAGAAGACGUGGGUCUAGACCGCCUCCUAGUCCAGAGAUUAAGACGCGUCGCGGACUGCGACGGACUAAUCCCCGAAAUCGAGCUCCUUAAGUUCCCCCGGCCGUGGCACCUCCCCGGAUUAGACGUCUCCCCAGACGGCAAGGGCUUGACGGGCUUCUUUUUCGUCCGGCCGGAAUGGCGGCCGAACGAGCGGCGCAGGCGGCGCGAAGCGGAUAUGGCGAAGUCCGACCCGAAGCCGCCGUGCUGGAAGGAGUCGUGCCAGCCCACGCCGUUCGCGGAUCUUGCGCCGAGCCUUGGCCCUUCUGUGGGGGCGGGGGGAGUGUGCGCGGGCGGAGUGGGCGAAGUGGCGGGAGCGGGGAUGGGAGGGACGCUUCUUUUCCGGCCCGAGCGCCGGAUGUUUCGUUUCAAGCUGCCCGGGACGCGGGAGGGGCCGGCGGGGGAGAAGGAGAAGUGGAAGAUGUAUGAAUACACUCUAAAAUCGGACUUGGAAAUGUAUGAAGACAAGAGGAGCGGCUUUCCCGUGUGGGUGGUGUGUAAGGUGGUGAGAGAGGGGCCUAUGACGAGGGAAGAGGAGGAAGAGGCGAAGGCGCGAGCCGCUGCUGCGGCGGCGGCGGCGGCUGCUGGCGGGGGGUCGAGCGGGAGCGGCGGGGGGAACCAGGGAGGCGGGGGAGGGGGAGCGGGAAGCGGAGGGGGAGGAGCGUAUUCGGGGGGGAGCUCUGGGUCCGGGGGAGCGUUUGGGGGAGGAGGUGGUGGAAGCGGCGGGGAGAGCGGGUAUCGGGGGAAUGGGGGCGGAGGGUAUGGGGGAGGAGGGGGGGGAUACUCAGGUGGGGGGGUAGGAGGAGGGGGAAACGUGUGGUCGUUGCUGCCGUCUCUCCCGGAGCAUCUGGUUCCGCCUGCGCUGAAGCUUGCGCCAGCAGCAGCACGCGGAGGCUCUCCCAAGAAUUCUCCUGGCAAAUCACCUGAGAAAUCACCUGCGAAUUCGCCUGGAAGAAUCCCCCCUGUGAUGCUCUCUCGCAUGCAACUGCUGAACCAAUGGCUCGCCGCUAUGCCUCACCCUUCGUCCCAAUCCCUUUCUGCCACGUCAGCGUCAUCCCUCACAACAGCUUCACCUCAAGCAGGGGCAUCACUUCCGUCCCUCCUGGCUGCCACGUCAUCCUCGUCCACGUCAGCCAUCCAGGUGACGUCAGCAACGGGACAGGUGUCAUCCACGGUCCAAGUCACGUCGUCCGUGUCUGUAACUGCAGCAGGUUCGGGAGCUGCCGAGCCUGUCGCCGAGCCUCUGGCGAUGCUGGCCAUGGCUGCCGCCAAACGUCUCCUGGAGGAUCGGCUGGCAAGGGCGGAGGAGGAGGAGGUGGUGGGAGAGGAGGUGGAGGAAGGGGAGGAGGACGAGGAGGAGUGGGAGGAUAGGGAGGAGGGAGAGGAGGGUGAGAAUGAGGAGUUGUGUUUGAAAGCAGGAGGGGAGAGUGAGGUGGGGAUGCUGGCUGCGGAAGUUUCCAAGAAGCUGAGUGAGCUGGUGGAGGCAGCAAGGAAGCUUUGGGGAAAGAUGCAGGGAUUCGCUCCUGUCGAGGCUGCCGUUUCCCGUGUCUUCAAUCUGGUUACACGUGUUGCUGACGUGGCGCUAGCAGACGAGCCUGCCGCCCUGCUCUGGCUGCACGCAGUGGGCGGCGCGGUCAGUGAUGAGCUGGCGCCAGGAAUCUUCCUCGCAACUUCGCUGUCUGCCUCGCCACUGAUGCUUUUAGUUAAGUUCCACGACUUGAGUGUGAUUAUAGAGGGCGGGAUGAAAGCGGUGUGGAAGCAGGCUGUAAAGAGGUUGCCGAAGGCGCUUGUAGAGAGGAUGAAUGAGGAGGGGAGGAGGGAGGAGGGAUUGCUGGCGCUUGUGUUGGCGUUGGGAGGGGGGAGUGAAGGAGGGAAGGGAGGAGGGGAGGGAUCACUGAAGCUAAAGGGGAUUUCUGAUACUGGGAAGAUACAGCAUCAGAAAGAAGCACCUCAGAUUUCACCUGAAGCUGUGGAGUCAUCUGUGGUUGGUGAUUCUGAGGCACCUCCAGCUGCAGAGGCCGGGCAGAAGAAAGUUUUGUUUUCGAUUGACGGCAGUGAGCUGGAUGAGAACACCAAAGCGGCCAAUCAGCUGAAGAGAGAGCUGAUGAGCCUCUGCGAAAAGGGCAGCCGAAAAACUUUCGAGCUGCCUGGGAGCAUGUCGAGCACCGUCAUCGAGGUUUUCCGGGCAGUUGGGUUCGAGUAUAACCUGCCCGACGUGCACGAACAGGUGAAGAAAGAAGCGCGCCUGAAAGGGGAGGCAAAGGCGCUUCAGUGGAGAGGAAAGGAAGGGAAGGAGGGGAAGGAGGGGAAGGAAGGGAAGGAGGGGAAGGGGGGGAAGGAAGGGAAGGAAGGAGAGGUUGGUUUGGAGGGGGAGAUAAGUCAGCUGCAGGCGUUAAAGAAAGGACUUGAUCUGGACUUGCAGCAGCUGGACGUUAAACCCAGUGUGCUGAGCAAGCUCGUGGAAGACGAAAUUCUCUCUGCCCUUCCCGGAGGCCUGGAAGGCUGCUCUGGUCGUGUAGAUGCCUCCAUGCGGUUACCACCCAACUCCGCUAAAGCUGUUCCACUACAGGAUGUGACUGUAGAGGUGCUUGAUCAAAACAGCAAGGCCAACCCCAUGCUACAGCUGAUAAAGGAGGCUGAAACCCUCUCCUCGCUCUCCCACCCCCACAUCGUCCCUCUCCUCGGCUACUCCCUCGAAUCCCCCUGCCUGGUUUACCCCCGGAUUCCUCACCUCUCGCUUGCCGAUCACCUGCCGUAUGGUAACCGCGUGGCACGGUUACCGCCUCUCCCGUGGUUUGUCCGGGUGAGGGUUGCUUAUGAGGUGUCUGCCGCGCUGCUGUUCCUGCACCAGCAGCAGCCGCACCCCGUGCUGCAUCGGGAUCUCCGGCCGGCAAACAUCAGGGAGGGUGAGGCAAAGGCAGCAGCUGCUGCUGCACCGGCAGAGGUCUCCGGUUCGAAUCCUGCUGGGCGCAGAUUGGUGAGCAAGCUGGCUCGCGUUGGCUUCUCGGCUCUGAGCCAAAACCCAAGGACUGGGCGGGCGAGAGUGGAGGAUGUGGUUUUCUUGGAUCCGGAAUAUCCGAGAACUGAGGAGCUGGUCCCAUCUUCUGACGUGUAUGCGCUGGGAGUGGUGCUCAUGCAGUUGCUGACUGGACGCAAUGCCACGUCAGCACUGAGCGUGGUGACUGGCGUGAUGGAGGGGAACAAGGGGCUGGAGGAAGUUUUGGAUGAGGGGGCUGGUGGAUGGCCUGCUGAUGUGGCGAAGGAGGUGGCUGAGCUGGCAGCCAAGUGCACGGAUAUGAGGAGGUGCAAGAGACCCAGCUUGGUUGGUGAAGUGGUGCCUGUGCUGACAAAGAUGCAUGCUCUGGCACUGGAGGUUGAGAACAAAUGA